GCGUAGACCCCGUGAACUCUUAGUCGUCUCCCUAUGGUUUUCCUCUGAUAAAUGCGGGAAAACACACCAUUUCCUCCUUAAUUCCGUGGCUUCUCUCAUUCUCUCAUGGAGACUUGGCAUCCCACUUUGUUUAUUUUCCUUCUUUCUCUAUCUACACUUUAUCAUCUGUGUUUUUCUUUCUCUCCCGUUGACAAUUACCUCUUAGAUUGCGGUUCCGCUGUGGACUCAACCGUCGACAAUCGUCUCUUCAUAUCCGAUUCGUCGGCAUCAAGCACACGUUUCUCCUCCUCGGCUCGGACAAUCUCAAUCAGUGCUCAAGACCAUGUUCAAGGUCUCCCCCAAAUCUACAACACCGCAAGGGUUUUCAAGGCACCUCUCAAGUACGAAUUCGAUGUCGAAGACACAGGUACCCACAUGAUUCGCCUCCAUUUUCACCGAGUAAGUUCUUUGGAAGUUGAUUUCCUGAAUUCCCAAUUUCAUGUCUUGGUCGAUGGGUUCGUCGUUUUGAACAAUUUUAGUGGUGGGUGUCUUGCCAGCCCUAGGGUCAUGGAAUAUUUGAUCUGGGUUAAUAGUGGGAAGCUUGAGAUUACUUUUCUGCCUGCAAAGAAGUCUAAAUUUGGGUUUGUUAAUGCAAUUGAAGUGAUAUCUGCCCCUAAAGACUUGAUUUUGAAUGCUUCCCAAUUUGCGUAUGUUGAUAAGAUUGAGAAUUUUGGUGAGUUAAACAAGCAAGCUCUUGAAAUUGUGCAUAGGAUCAAUGUUGGAGGUCCCAAAGUGACACCUUUCAAUGGUAGUUUGUGGAGGACUUGGGUUCCUGAUGAUGAGUACUUGAAAUCAAGAGAUGGGUGGGAGAGGGUGUACUCUAGUGGUAGGAUUAGGUACCAAUCAGGUAAAUCAAGUCGUGAAGUUUGCCCAGAUAAUGUGUAUAAUACUGCUCGUGUGAUUCGUAGUAAGAAUGCUUCCAUUCCUGAUAUGAAUCUUACUUGGGAGUUUCCAGUGACUGAGGGUUAUACAUAUCUUGUUCGCGUGCAUUUCUGUGAUAUUGCUAGUUCAACUCUCGGCACGCUGCAUUUCAAUGUUUAUGUUAAUGGGCAUUUAGCAUACAAGAAUUUGGAUCUCUCAGAUGCUACAGAUUAUGUCCUGGCAUCCCCAAUUUAUGCAGACUUUCUGGUUGAUGCUGAUCAUUCAGGGGUUUUGAGUUUAAGUGUUGGACCUUCAGUCGACAGCAUGGGAUAUGCUGUGGAUGCUAUCUUAAAUGGGGUUGAGAUCAUGAAGAUAAACAAUUCAAUGGGUAGUCUUGAUGGAAAAGUAUCUGCAGAGUGGGUUAUGAAGAAGUGCUGGCCUAGAACAAAUGUUGGUGUCCUAGUCCCUUCGAUUGCUGUUGUGUGUUUGCUGCUGAUUAUAUCCAUGGUUAUCCACAGGAGGAUGACCAACUCUGUGGUCUGGUCAAAAUUGCCUACGGAUGUCUUAGAAGUUAAUCCAAAGAAUGGCAAGGCACAGUUGUCAGUUGAAUUGUGAACUUUCUGAAGGAUUAAGUUAGUUUUGUAAUAUACAUCCCCUAUGGCUGAAUAUGAUAUGUAGUUUAAAGUUAUCUCAUGCCUGUAUUACAGUGAGUCUGGAUUGAAAAUCUCUAAAGAGCUUGUUCCUGGAGAUUGUUAUCUUGUUAAUUUGUUGUAACCUGUCUUAACAAAAAGCUAGUGUUGUGUGUUUAAUCACUGUAUCAGAGUCAAUAUGUUUGUGUUGAUCAAUGCUGAUGAUUUCUGGAUGGAUUAAAGAAUUUCAUUUCUG